AUGGCUUCACUUCUUGUCCUAGUCUUCUUCUUCUUCUUCUUCAUCUCCUUUUGUUCUGCUCAGUCCUACAAUGUCUUGUCUUUCGGAGCUAAGCCAGACGGAAAGACAGACGCAACCAAAGCGUUCAUGGCGGUUUGGGAAACCGCUUGUGCCUCGUCUCGUCCCGUUACCAUUGUGGUUCCUAAAGGCCGGUUCUUGUUAAGGAGCGUUAAUUUCGACGGUUCCAAGUGCAAGCCCAAACCGGUCACGUUCCGUAUCGACGGUACAUUGGUUGCUCCUGCUGAUUAUAGAGUUAUCGGAAAUGAGGAUUACUGGAUUUUCUUCCAGCAUCUUGACGGCGUCACCGUUUACGGCGGAGUUCUUGACGCUCAAGGAGCUUCUCUUUGGGAAUGUAAAAAGUCCGGCAAGAAUUGCCCCAGCGGCGCAACGACGAUAGGUUUUCAGAGCUCAAGCAACGUAGUGAUCUCCGGGCUAACAUCACUCAACAGCCAGAUGUUCCACGUCGUCAUCAACGGUUGCAACAACGUGAAGCUACAAGGAGUCAAAGUAUUAGCCGCCGGAAACAGCCCAAACACAGACGGUAUCCACGUUCAGUCUUCCUCCACCGUCUCUAUCUUCGAUACUAAAAUCUCUACCGGCGACGAUUGUGUCUCCAUCGGUCCAGGCACUAACGGUCUAUGGAUCGAAAAUGUGGCAUGUGGUCCGGGUCACGGUAUCAGCAUUGGGAGUUUGGGAAAAGAUAGCGUGGAACCAGGUGUACAGAACGUGACAGUGAAAACGGUGACGUUUACGGGAACAGAUAACGGAGUGAGGAUUAAGUCAUGGGCCAGGCCCAGUAGUGGAUUCGCUAGGGACAUCCGUUUCCAACACUGUGUAAUGAACAACGUAGAGAACCCCAUCUUAAUUGACCAAAACUAUUGUCCUAAUAACGAAAAUUGCCCUAACCAGGUUUCGGGAAUCAAAAUCAGUGAUGUGUUGUUCGUAGAUAUACAUGGAACAUCGGCGACUGAAGUUGGAGUGAAACUUGACUGCAGUUCUAAGAAACCGUGUACCGGAAUUCGACUUGAGGAUGUGAAGUUAACGUACCGAAAUAAACCGGCUGCAUCGGCUUGUACUCACGCCGGGGGGAUAGAAGCUGGUUUUCUCCAGCCAAACUGUCUUUGA